AUUUUUCUAGAAGCCGGUCGAAAGCGCAGCCAGAAUUCUCUUCUAUCUCGAAGUCGGUUUAGUUGCUCUGAAUUUGUUGGAUUUUUAUCACAAGCAAAAGAUAGAUUGUUAACAAAAUAAUCUAUAAGUUCGUCUGUAUAAGUUUUCGAAGUAUUUAAAGUUGAUAAUAAAAUCCCAAGUCAUAAAAAUAUGACUUCAAUAUCAGCGCGAGUUAACGAGAUCAAACUUGAUAUUGAAGAUUUAAAUUCCCUAUUAGAAAAUGCUUCUCGUCAAAAAUCUAAAGAUGUUUUGGUUGUAGAAAUAAGAAAAUUACAAACUGAGCUGAUCAACAUGCAGAAUCAAAUAUUUUGCAACACAGACAGCAGUAUCCCAAAGGCAUUUGUUAAAUCUGGACCUCAGUGCUAUGAAGUCAAACUCAAUAAUUAUGCAUGGGAUCAAACAGACGAGUUUAUCAAACUAUAUAUCAGACUAGACAAGGUUGGAACUCUUUCAAAAGAUGCAAUAGCUUGUGAAUUCUUGGAUAGAUCUGUUAACUUAAAUGUUUUGGGGCUUGAUAAUAAAAACUAUGUCUUUACAAUUAACAAUUUGUGCGAAGAAAUCAAUAUUAAUAGAAGCAAUUUCAAAACAAAAACAAACAUGAUUAUAAUUAAUUUAGCAAAAAAGUCUAGUAAGACAUGGUCAUGCAUUACGAGCGUUGAGAAAAGAUUGAAAGAAGCCAAGUCUAGUUCACCACCAUCUGCUACAGAUACAAGUGAUCCAAAUGACAGUUUGAUGAAUUUGAUGAAGAAAAUGUAUCUAGAAGGAGAUGAUGAGAUGAAAAAGACAAUAGCUAAAGCUUGGACUGAAGCUCGAGAAGAAAAAAUAAGUGGUUUACCUAACUGUGAUGAGUAAAUGAUUUAUUGUUGCCAAAUUACAGCCACUCAAGAUUUAAUUUAUUAAGUAAUGUAAAUUCAUUUAUUAAGAGUAAAAUGUUUAUGUAAUUUAUAUAUAAAUACACACCUUU